AUGACUUGGGAACUCGCAGAUCAGUACAGCAACUUCCAUCUAAUCGUGAGUCAAACGCGGAGAGAGAGAAGAGGCCCCAAGUCCCGAAUUGCUCUGUUUCGUGCUGAUGGAUAGAUGCGGCUCGACAGGUGCAACCAUCGGAUCUCAAGCUCCAUCCCCCGGAAUCCUACCUCUUCAUCCAGGAUGGCCUCAUCAUUUCUUGCGGCGUGCUCUACGCCAUGUGCUAUCUCUUCUACAUGGCACGGACAUACAAGGACAAGACAUUGUCCGGCUCCGUGGAAUUCCUGUAG